GCGCGGGUGCCGCUGCGCGUCGCUGUGCCGGUGCCGGCGCUGGGGUGAGCGUCGCUGCCGCCGUGCGUGUCGCUGGGCCUGUGGCCCUGGCGCCGCCGCCCCGCUCCGAAGCGCUGGGCCGCGGGCCGGGCGCCCCGGGGGCCCGGGCGGCCGCAUGGAGCCGCGGGCGGAGAAGGGCGAGGAGGGCGAGGGCGGGCGCAUCACGGCGCAGCUGCUGAAGGCCAGCACCGGCGAGUUCGCCCUGGAGUCCAUCCUGCUGCUCAAGCUGCGGGGCCGCGGCAUCGCCGACCUGGGCUGCCUGGGCGAGUGCGCCAACCUCGAGUGGCUCGACCUCUCCGGCAACGCCAUCUCCCAGCUGGGCCCGCUGGCCGCCCUCAAGGCGCUGGCCGUGCUCAACCUCUCCUCCAACCGCGUCUGCAGCCUGGAGCCGCUGGGCUCCUGCGAGAGCCUCCAGAGCCUCAACCUCGCCGGCAACCUGGUGAGCAGCCUGCAGCAGCUGCAGUGCCUGACGGGGCUGCGGCGCCUCGAGAGCCUCCGCCUCCGCGACGCCCUCGGCCGCCUCAGCAACCCCGUCUGCGCCGCCGGCGCCUACCGCAGCGCCCUGGGCGACAUGUUCCCCGGCCUCAAGGCCAUCGACGGCGAGCGGGUGUCGGGCCGCGGCAGCGAGCUCUACCAGCUCUGCCGGGACCUCGACAGCUCCCUGGGGCGCUGCGCCGCCGCCGCCGAGCCGCCCCGCGCGCCCACGCCCUGGGUGGAGGACGGCUUCUGGGAGCUGCGGCCGGCGCGGCGCAGCUCCAUCAUCGAGGAGGCCUACCGGCAGUUCGGCGACGUGCUGCGCGAGUGCCGCGAGCUCGGCCAGCGGGCCGACGACACCAUCGCCCAGGCGGAGCGGGCGCUGAGCCUCCGCGCCGACCCCAGCUCCUACGUCUUCUGACCGCCGCCCCGCGACGGAGACGCUGCCCGCUGACGCGUCCCGCCGCCAGCCCUGAUGCCGUUAGGCCGGAGGAGCGAUGGCGGGGCAGGGAAGCGGCGGGGGGCCACACAAGCCGGACGGGGGGCCGUGCAGUAAAACAUGCUCUGCUCUGA